GCUGGACCAGGGGCACCAGCCCGCUGCACUGUCGGGUCCGUGGUGGGCUGGCAACCUAGGUAUGGAGGUACCCUAGGUAGGUACCUAGAGGCAAGCUGCCCGCCCCUGCCUGGUGGGCUGCCGUGGUGCCGCAUUAGGUUUUCGCUGGCGGCAACACUGAGUGGCCACUGGCGGCACGGCGGGCAGCAUUUGCAUCCAAGUGCCCAGAAGUCGCGAUUGAGCAAUGCCAUUAUACCGGACGAGGUAGACCACCCACCCACAUUACGCUGCCGCAUCACAAUUCCUUGUUGCAGCCAUGCUGAAUCGCUUCCGGCCAGCGCGGCUAGUAGCCCAAUCCUCCAGAUGCUUGCCCUUGACGAGGGCGCGGGCAGGUCCCUUGCCCGUUAACAAUGCCAGGACUUUGGCUACGAGAGCCGCUGCUGUCAACACCAAGGAACCGACCGAACGCGACAACAUCACCACUCUCUCCAAUGGUGUCCGUGUCGCUUCCGAGGACCUUCCCGAUGCCUUCUCCGGUGUAGGUGUCUACAUCGACGCGGGGUCCCGAUAUGAGAACGACUAUGUCCGGGGUGCCAGUCACAUCAUGGACCGGCUAGCCUUCAAGUCUACAAGUACGAGGACUGCGGACGAAAUGCUCGAAACUGUUGAGAAGCUCGGUGGUAACAUUCAGUGCGCUUCUUCGCGCGAGUCUAUGAUGUACCAGGCGGCCACCUUCAACAAGGCUAUUCCCACCGCUGUUGAGCUCAUGGCCGAGACCAUCCGCGAUCCCAAGCUUACGGACGAGGAGCUGGAGGGACAGAUCAUGACGGCGCAAUAUGAGGUCAACGAGAUCUGGUCCAAGGCCGAACUGAUUCUGCCCGAGUUGGUGCACAUGGCUGCCUUCAAGGACAACACUCUUGGCAACCCGUUGCUUUGUCCCAAGGAGAGGUUGGAUUACAUCAACCGGGAUGUCAUCCAAACAUACCGCGACGCUUUCUACAGGCCCGAGCGCCUUGUUGUUGCCUUUGCUGGUGUGCCUCAUGAGAGGGCCGUCAAGCUCGCAGAGAAGUACUUUGGUGAUAUGAAGGCCUCCGAUGCUCCCGGUCUCUCGAGGACAGGUUCCGAAACCUCCGUCGACUCGCUAGUGUCCGAGUCCAGCGAGGCCUCGAGUGAAUCUUCAUCAUCCUCCUCGGACUCUUCCGAGUCGAGUGGCGGGCUGCUCUCCAAGCUUUUCUCUCCCAAGGCCAAGAAAGCCACCCCCAACCCCUUCCUCACCCGGGUACCUAUUAGCACCGAAGACUUGACUCGGCCUGCUCACUACACAGGCGGUUUCCUCACCCUCCCAUCACAGCCCCCACCGCUCAACCCCAACCUUCCCACAUUUACUCACAUACAGCUCGCCUUCGAGGGCCUCGCCAUCUCGGACGACGACAUCUACGCCCUCGCCACCCUGCAGACCCUCCUCGGCGGCGGCGGCUCCUUCUCUGCCGGCGGUCCCGGCAAGGGCAUGUACUCGCGUCUCUACACUAACGUUCUCAACCAGCACGGCUGGGUUGAGUCCUGCGUGGCCUUCAACCACUCAUACACGGACUCGGGUCUCUUCGGCAUCGCCGCCUCGUGCUACCCGGGUCGCACCCUGCCCAUGCUCCAGGUCAUGUGCCGCGAGCUGCACGCCCUCACCACCGACCAUGGCUACUCGGCCCUGGGCGAGCUCGAGGUUUCGCGCGCCAAGAACCAGCUCCGCAGCAGCCUCCUGAUGAACCUCGAGAGCCGCAUGGUCGAGCUCGAGGAUCUGGGCCGCCAAGUUCAGGUUCACGGUCGCAAGAUCCCGGUCCGCGAGAUGACGCGCCGUAUCAACGAGCUGACGGUCAAGGACCUCCGAAGGGUCGCUAAGCGCGUGGUUGGUGGCAUGGCGAAUAACGCCGGCCAGGGAAGCGGUGCGCCGACGGUGGUGCUGCAGGAGGCGACGGUGCAAGGACUCAAGACUACGGAGCUGGGGUGGGAUCAGAUCCAGGAUACAAUUGCUCAGUGGAAGCUCGGUAGACGGUAAACGUUUGUCAAGGGGAAAAAAAGAGUAGGGCGUGGAGAAGUUAUGUAAGAGGAGCGCUGUAUUGAACUUGGCGACACGCACACACCGGAACGAUAAAGGCGUUUUAGGUUCCCCACGAGCAUAGGGAAGAGGCUAGAUGGUUGCUCUGUACAAUCGCAACUUUUCUUGGUGAGUUAUACAAGAUGUGUCCAGGUACAUCUUUGCCUUACCAUACUGUACGAUAGCAAUGAAGAUUUUCUGAAUAUAUCAAAAGUCAAAAGUCA